CCCGUCUCCAGGCAACAAAACACAACAAGAUGGUGGAAAGAUUCAGCCCUACGUCUUUCUUCCACCUUAUCUGGGCCUCAUCUUCGAAUUGGCCAAUAAAAACUCUGCCAACGCGUGUCGGAUUUCGAUGUCGUGCCCAGCCUGCCUCAGCCCCUGUUACACCCCACAUGGAAGAGAGCCUUACUUGAACGCGACCAGGGGUUGGCUUCAUGAAUACUGGAAUGGGCUUGCUUCGAAGUUCGAUCAGCCAUUUGCUGUGGCUUGGUGUUUUGCUUACAAUGUCAAGCCGUCUUAUUUCUCAGUAUGCCUUCAUUAUCUUCUCAUAUAAGGGACCAAGUGGUCCCGAUCUCUUAUUCGGAUCAUCAAUCAAUUGUUUUGUUGAUAUCACGGAGUUGUCGAGGAAGGACUUUUGAAUAGCCCUAUAUCUUCUAGACGUGGACCGACAAUAUGGCAACCAUAAUUUACAAAAAGUUUAUCAAGAAGAGUCCUAGUCAACCCGAGCCUUGCGAACACCAGCGUCCUGUCGGCAACAUCGAGGACGGUUUCACGAACACCAAUGCUUUGCCCGACAAUCAGGACAUUCCUCUCAACGAAACGAAGGCCAACAAAGAAGCAGUACACGGUAGUGAUGUACUCGAUGGCACAAAAUGCGCCAUCUGCAAAGACGAGCAGCGAGCAAUGAGGAAGUACCGUCUCAAGUUGAUGGUUGGUCUUUUUCUGCCUUUCAUGGUUCAGUCAUUGGACGCCACCAUAAUAGCAUCUGCGUUGCCGUUCAUAGCUUCUGACUUCCACCAACUGUCUCAAUUGAACUGGAUCGUCUCGGCAUUCAACCUCACCUCUGCUACAUUCGUCCCAUUCUGGGGCCAAUUCUCAGACGUCUUCGGACGGUACGCCGCCAUCCAAUUCGCCCUCUGCAGCAUGAUUUUAGGAAGUGUCCUCUGCUCCGCAGCUCCCACAACAGCAUUCCCCAUGCUUCUCGUUGGACGAGCAUUCCAAGGCAUCGGCUGUGCUGGGCUACUCAUCAACUCGAAGAUUAUCCUCGCAGACAAAGUCUCCCUGAAAGAGAACGCCAAGAACAACACCGUCUUCACAAUCGUCGGAGGAGUAGGAUAUGGAAUCGGUCCUGUGUUGGGAGGUUACCUCACAGAUGCAAACUGGAGAUGGUGCUUCAUAAUCAACAUCCCAAUCGGCGUCGUCGGCCUAGUCCUCGCUCACUUCGUCCUCCGUCCCGAACUCCUCGGACCUCAGAAAAUCACCCGCACAGACGGCACCGAAGACCCCUCACUCAGCCAAAGCUUCACAGCUCGCCUCAUGACCAUCGAUUUCGGCGGCCAGUUCCUCUUCCUCUUCGGCAUGGGACUGCUCGUCCUCGCCCUGACAUGGGCAGGCGCCUACUACCCCUGGAAAUCCGCCAACGUCCUCGCCCCUCUAAUCAUAGGCGCUAUCCUCAUGAUCUGCUUCCUAAUUUGGGAACACUACAUGCUCCCCGGCCGCUUCCUCUCUCUACGAGCCCCAACCCGCAAAGCCAUGAUCCCCAUCGAACUCCUCUUCACCCGCAACGCUGGUCUACUCAUCUACAUCAACCUAAUCACCGGCAUGGCCAUGUACGCCGUCUUCUACUUCGUCGACCUCUACUUCGCCCUGGUGCAAAACUACGGUCCCGGCAAAUCGGGCACGAAUCUCCUUUACUACCUCCCUGGUUUAGCAGGCGGGGCUUACAUCGCCAUGUUCGCAUGCAAUAAAUGGCCCUUACAAACCUUCUUCCCUCUCCUCGUAGGAACCAUCAUCGAGCCGCUCGGAAUCACGAUCCUUGCCAUUGCUAUCAAUACCGGACAUUUACCCUUGAUAUAUGGCAUGUUAGCGCUGACUGGUGUCGGGACCGGGAUUCGCUUCAUGCCCGGUACUUUGCAUGGCGUUGGCUACUUCCCGAAGAAGAUCGCGAGUAUUGUGUCGUUGAUGUCAUUGUCUGUUUCUCUCGGCGGAACACUCGCUACGACCAUCAUGCUGAAUAUCUUUAACAACGAGUUGAGGAAAGGAGGGAUUAGUCUGAAUAGCGCGGGAUCUAGCAGUUUUGAUGCCAUUGAAGUCUUGCCGGCUUCUCAACAGGCAUAUCUGAGACAGAAGGCGUUGAGAGGCAUUGUUGUGGCUUUCUUUGCUAUUACAGCGUUCAUGUGGUUAGGUGUCAUUGCUGCGCUGGGGUUGGGUAAUGUGAGGAUUGGGAAGAAUGGGAGGAAGGAUGAGGUACUUGCUAGUGGGAGUUUCGUCGGGAGCUUGUUGUGGAGAAGGAGAGGGAAGGAAUUUGAACAGAGUGCGUCAUGAUUUCUAGGACCUAGAUGGUAUUGUGGCUGACAUGUAGAAUUUGGAGUUCAUUGAGGGUAGUGUAUGGUGUCUAUCUUGAUAUCCAAGUAAUCAG